GUUGUACAAAUGAGGCAUUUGUGCUGAUUCUUGCCAAAAUGUGGGAUGAGUGCAAACAGGGUUACGGGGCAGACUUGUGUUGCAUUAGUUCUCGGACUGUGAGAGACUUUGCGUUAGCUUACAUUCUAAUCGCUUUUCGUCUCUCAUAUAACUUGUGUUGAUUACCGUCGAUUAGCAUCGUCAAACAUGCAGACUUGAUAUGAUACCCGUGUAUCGCGUCUCUAAACAUGCCUGCGGAGCAUGCCUCUUUUCAAAGCGGCGGAUGUGAGAGAUGUGCAUUGAAUUACAUUUGCUCUCCGGCAGAGUACUGCCUGUGGAAAUGUUUUCUAGUGUCAGCCGAUGUUGGCAUGAGCGCUGAGAGUCGUUGCGUAGGGAAACGACCAAUUUGUCUGUCGCGGUCACGCUCGUGCUGCGAGGAUCGUUCGAAAGUGGUCCACUCGGACGCCGCAUUUCUACCCAGGCCUCAUCGCGCUGGCUUCUCGCAGCUUUGUGUGUACCGUUUCGGCGUCAGCGAAACGUGUUAGCCCCCGUCGCAACCAUGGUCGUGGAGGGCCCACGGAGCCGCUACGCCCCGUCGACGGGCAUGACUGCUCGCGAAUUGUGCGAGAGCGACGACCAGGCGACAAGUCUCAUCCUAGAUCCAUAUCUGGGCUUUGCUACGCACAAGAUGAACCUCAGAUUUCGCCCUUACAAGUCCCACAAGCAGGAGCUGCAGCAGCUGAUAGCAGAUUUCAAGACCCACAAUCAAUAUGAGAAGGUGUUCUCUAAGUUAACAGACUUUGUCCCGGCCUCGUUUCUCACUAAGACCCGGCAGGGUCCGUUCAAAGAGCACAUCUUUCGUUACCUUCGUGUGUUUGACAAGGAAGCAGGGUUCCAGGUUAUGCGAUGUGACCGUUAUUCAAUGGAAGGCAAUGUGGGUGCCAAGAUAUGUGCAACCAAGAAAUGGUACAAGAAUGAGAAGAUCCCGCACCUAGUGGGCUGCAUAGCGGAGCUGACAGAGGAGGAGGAGUGCCAGCUAUUGUGUGCCGGCAAGAACGACUUUAGUGUCAUGUACUCCUGCCGAAAGAAUUGUGCCCAGCUGUGGCUUGGACCGGCUGCCUUCAUCAACCAUGACUGCCGGCCCAACUGCAAGUUUGUGUCGACGGGCCGAGACACUGCCUGUGUGAAGGUGUUAAGGGACAUUGAAGAAGGCGAAGAGAUCACAUGCUUCUAUGGCGAGGAUUUCUUUGGAGAUGGCAACAGUUACUGCGAGUGUGAAACAUGUGAAAGGCGAGGAACUGGAGCGUUUACCAGCAAGAAGGGCCGGCAACCAAGCCUGAUGGAAACCCGAUUGGCAUACAGUUUCCGAGAGACAGACAAUCGCCUCAACCGCUGGAAGCAGCAGGUCAAGUCACCCCAGCACAAGCCACAGCUGCAGCCACAGCAGGCACACCACCAGCCAGGUGGCAAGACUGCUCGGAGAGCCCUCUCCCGGCACAGCAACAACCAGAGCAACCGUCUUAGUACUAGAGCAAGUGCAGGCCACAAGAAACCACUGGGAAAUACUGAUGUGCUGCAGGACCGUCCACUGAUGCCCGGCCACAUAGGAAAAAAUGCAUCAUCCAAGUCGGUGUUGGCCAGUAAACAUUUUGUGCAGCCGUCUUCUGUCGGUCCACCGGCCAUAACGCUCAAAGAAGCAAUUAUCAACGGUGCUCUUCAUUCAUCUGAAGAGAGUGACAGUGCUCUGCAGGAGAACGAGGCAACCGUCACGAUGACAGUCAUGACAAGGGCUCGAAACCAACACCGAUCGGACAACAAAGCCGUGGCAACUGCGAGCAACUCACCCGAGGCAAAGCCCCUCGACAAGCUAGAGACAAAACAAGAACAACCAUCGUCCCCGUGCCCGUCCCCACUAAGUGGCUCUUCGCCAAAGCCUGCUGAAGUUGCUUGUUCCGAAGCCUCUAGUAUAGACACAGAAGAGUCGCAUAAGGAAGUGUCCCCUGAACCAGUGAAUGAGGUGAGUGAGGUUGUGUCUGGCAAGCCAAGUCCUACAGAGUCGUGCAAGGCUGUGGAAACAAGAAAGCCUCUUCAAACUGCCAGGGAAGUUCGCGUUCCUGUGUCUUCGAGGAGGGACAGGAGGCAUCCGAGGAGGCUACGGUGUGUCAAGGCACCUUCAGCUGAUCAUGCCCCUUUGUUUGAGGGUGCAAGUGCAAUGAAAAGGGAACAGGUGAGCAAACCACUUGAGGAAACUGCCGACACUCGUCUCUCUGUUGCAGAAAAACAGGAAGAGGUAAUCAAGAAAACUGAGGAAUGUCCACCAGAGGUAGUAUUUGAUGCAGAAGUGGAUAUGUGUGGAGUUGAAACAUCAGAAAUGGGUGAAGCACCAGAAAUUGUUGCACCGGAGUUAGUAGUAUCAGAAAUCGUUCAACCAGAAGUUGUUCAGUCAGAGGUGAUGGAAGUGGAAGUGGUUCAGGCAGAAGUGGUUCAGCCAGAAGUUGUUCAGGCUGAGGUGAUUGAUGCAGAAAUGGUCCAAGCUGAACCAAUUGAUUGUGAAAUGAUUGAACAGGAGGUGCUUCUCACAGACAUCACUGUUGAAGACGUGGCCGAGCCAGAACUGAGCCACUUCAAUGUUGUUCAGUCUGAGAUUAGCGAAGUCGACAUGACCGAGCAACCACCCGAACUGCAGCAGAUGGUUCCCCACUGUGAAGAGGAGCCUUUUGUGCAGAUAUUAGACACUGCCAUACUUGAAGCACCAAUGGUCACUGUACUGCCAGAGAAAACACAUCAUGCAAGUAGCAAUGCAAAUUGCCGGGAGCAUCUGGAGAAGGUGAAGAAGGAGCCAAAGAAAGAAGCGCCAAAAAGAGAGCCCAAAGUUGAACCAGAAGCAAGAAUCGUGCCUCGCAUGUGCAUUAUUCCCGCAAAGAGGCUGCCACCACCACCUGCGAGUCAGGCCAUGGCACAGUCAGCUGCCCCAUCACAACACCUGGGUUGCCUCAAGCUGACGAUACGCCGGCUACAUCCACACAUGCGCGGUGACACCUCACCAGUGUCGACAGCUCGCCGCCAGACUGUGUACGAGGUGUUGUCACCUCCACUCCUGUCGCCUGAAUCGCCUCGCAAGAAGAAGAAAAAGAAGAAAGACAAAAAGAAGGCGAGUGAACACCGCAAACAUGCGCGCAGGCGGGAGGAAAAACCGUCUCCUGCUACUGUUGGAGCUAAGCGUAUUCGGCUCAUCUUGGGCAACGAUGCAAUUGAUAUUGACAUUCCACCCAACAAGUGUAAGAAGCGCUGUUGACCAGCUGUGAGUGACACAGGAAGUCACAGACUAAGCUGCUGUGUGAUACAGUGGGUGUGAUACAGUGGGAUUGUGCUGACGUUUAAAAAGAAACUGCACUCUUGACUUUUUUUCUUCUUGACAUUGGGUUCUGCCCACGAGGGGACAAGUGUUUUGCAGCACGCAUUUAUGCCUGACUGUUGUCAUUUUUUUUUUUCGGUUUCGGAGCCCUUUUGAAAGCAGUAAAAAAAUAUUCUAUAAUGUUAUAUGUGUUGUAAAUAGCAUGUGCACUGCCAGUGGUGUUUGAAAUGGAAGGAUUUUUCUGUGGACAACCUUCUGUAGGCCUGCGGGUUUCAGGAAACUGUUGGAGACUGGUUCACCAAAUUAUGUGCUGUCUGAUACACUGUUUUCUUUUAGUAAUAAACUGACUGAAGACGUAAUGUGUUGGUGCAGGAAUAGGCACAAAGUGAUCUUAUUCACUUUGUGCUCACUGUGCGUUUUACAGUCAUGCGGGCAUAGUAUUUUGUGUUGAUCUGAGCUGAAUGUUGCUUCUAUUUUGUUUUGAAAUGUGAACCGCCCAUUACUUUGCACCACUUGUAUUUAUUGUUGUCUAAAUUAUUUAGUACAAUCCUUGACUGGACAAAGAAAAGCACCGUGAAGACAUUAAAAUUUCAUGUUCUUGUAGGGCUGAUUUUCUUCAAAUUGA